AUACAGAAAUGGGAAUGGUAAUUAUUAUAAUAAUUACCACACUGGCCAUAGCAACAAUAAUAGUAAUAAUAACUUAACGACGAACAAGGAGGUUAUUGACGCAGUCCUGAUUAUGCGUGAGUUUUGCGCAACGAUCUUGCAAGAGAAACGGGAAGAAAAAGAGAGGAGAAAAGAGGAAGAAGAAAGGCGCAAAAGAGAGGAAGAGAUGCGAUUGCUGAAAGAAGAACGAGAAAGACACGAACAAGAGAAGCAACAAAGAGCUGAGGAGCGAGAAGCGAGGCUGGCGAUGAUUAUCGAGUCCAAGAUUCCGAAUAAGGACCAAGGCUAUCAGAUGAUAAUUGAACAGUUGGCGGACCAGAACAAGAUCUUCCGAGAAGCGGUCGAAGAAAUGAAGGCUAGCAGCGUGAGGAACCCCAUCAUAGUCGAAGACAUCCACCGCGACGUGCUACUCUUACGAGAAGCCGAGCUUGAGCGCGCCAAAAGGAAGCGCGGCAAGGAACCGGUCCGAGAGGAAGAGGAGCCUGCAGAAAAGAAGACGAGCACAACCCCAGACCGAGAAGCAAGACUGACCCAAGAACUGUUAAAUAUGGAGCAACGUCACCGGGAAGAGAUGAGAACGAUGAGAGAAGAGAUAGAGAGACUCAAGGCGGCGCAGGCAAAGGGAACCCCAACGGAGCAGACCCCUUCGACCUCCAAAGCACGCACCUACACGCCGAUAUCGGGCUUGAGAACGAUGGGACCGAAUGAACUGUUUUCUAGAACUGCACCUGUCGGACGAACAACACAGGAACAAGAAAGAGAACCACUAGGAUUCAACCGGCUCAUACCAGGAAGGAAGGCGGUAGUAGCCGGGCCAGGAGCAGAAGGACGGAAGAAGUUCGUCGAGGAGACCAAACGUUUCCUCAAGACCAAGAAUGUACCGUUUUUUACGAAGAUGGCAAAGGAUGAGAAGGUGAAGACCAAGAGCAACCGUAAGGACGAUCUCAUCGAUGCGCGAGAGCCGAGAUUGCGUACGGCAAGAGGAAGGAAGACCCGCCUAUCCGGAUCAGCGAACAGAUCAAUCCGGAUGGCCGGGUAAUCGAAGAUGACGAAUGACGAUGAACACCAGACUUCGUCAUGUACCUGGCAGCGCUUCAUGA